AUGUUUAAAAAUCAGUAUCAGGGUGGCCCUUUUGUUGAAAUAUUCAGUGCUCAAGGCAAGAACCCAGGAGCACAAUGGAAGAUAUUUGGCAAUCCCUCAGCUAUAUGGAAAGAGUAUGAUAAAGAACUAAAAGGCUUUGUUUUUGUACUUGAAGGAAACAGUCAAAUCAACAAAAUGCAGCUACCAAAGGAAACUAGACAAACUUUGGGACUGAUCCAGCAAUUUCUGACACUUCAGAUUUUUGUGCCAUUGGGACAAGACUUCUCCACUGAGUUACUGAUAACUGAUUUAGGAAAUAUUAAAAGAAGAUUGUAUUUAUCAACAGUCCACAAGGAGUUGUCUGUAACCCCUCUGCAUGCAAAAAUUCCUCUGUUUACAAUCAAGCGCAAAAUAUGGUGCAAUAUGUGCAUUGACUUGGUAGCAUUCACCAGUGAAAUAUUCAGAGGAGCAGUCUUCCAGUCUUUGGAUGGAAUUAGUAUUUCAGCUAACUGUAAACUGAGGAAGAUCUUCACUUUAAAAUCCAAGCCUCAAGAUACAGCUGAGGAAAAUGAUAUAUAUGUUGUUCCAUUUAUGCCAUAUGAUCCCACAGAUGUUAUUCCCCGAACCUGCCAGCUAAAUACAGAUGUGCCACAAGUUACACAAUUGCUGAACCUGACUAAAAUUCACAAGCCAGAAAUAAAAUGCAGGAGAUACCCAGUAACAGUGCAAGAAACAGGCAGCUUGGUUAAUAGAGGACAAGGCAAUACACGCAGCAGUAAAACUCAGGAUGUAUCACAUAUUGCAUUUGGAUCAAAGAUCCUUGGGCCACCUCCAUCUUCAAACAGAAGAGUCAGUACAAGGGUAUCUGGAGAGGUAACAAAGACCUCGAGCAGCAAAAGUAAUAGAUCAUGCCAACUUCAAAGUUCGAGAAAGGGAACUGAAUCCGUACAAGACACUGAGAGAUUGGAGCUAUCGUUCUCAGCAUGCAAUGAUUCUUUAGAUCAAAGAGUCAAAAGAAAUACUCCCCAAACAACUGAAGAUGUAUGUCAAAAUGACCCUGUAAUUCAGACUCAGCAGACCUCUGAGAGUGGAAGAGCAGAUUUUCAGCUUGCCUCACCACAAGGACCAUUAGCAGACAAGAACAGGCAUAGAAGAUUAUCUCUACAAAAUGCAGCCAAAAACACAUGGGACAUAACCAGUGAUGAAUGGGUGUUUCCUGAAAGUUUCACUGAGACUAUUCAGUUGAAUAGGAGUGAGCAGUUCAUAGCUUCUGAAGAUUCAGCCUGCCAUAAUUUAACCUCACCACAGAAUGCCUCUGUUGAACAUCACAGCAAUGAAACAGGGGAUCACCAAGCGAAUAAUAAAGAGAUUUUCACGUUUUCAUCAAGACCUCAAUCAGCUCCUCAUGGAAAGUCUUCAAAUAUGUCACCAGAAUGUUGCAUUAUCCCUUUGGAUUUGAAGCAAGAGGGUAACAGAGUACAUGGUAAAACCCAAGUUGAAGAUAACUUUCAAGGAACUGACAGCAGUGAAGAGGAUGACAACAAUGAAUUGAUCCAGGGUACUGAGAACCUUGGGAUCAGCCACAGCAGGCAAGGAACACCUGAUUCAGCAGUUUUUAAAGAGAUCCCAUUAAAGAGGAUGUCAUGGAGAAAUGAAUACUGGAAGAAUAAGGGACACAGCAAACAUAACCUCGAAGAGACCGUAUUACCAAAACCACAGAGUUCCACUGUGAGAAAAAGAGAUUCUGUUAGUUCUCAGAGAAGCUUAAAGCCUACCCUUUCUCUUUCUCCAACUGGAAGUAAAUCUGAAAAAAAUGAAAAAUAUGAAGGAGUUUCUGGUCAAUUAAAAAGAUCUGUCAGUAAAAAGUGUCUCAAGAAGAUCUCAAGAGAAAAUUCAUGUCUGACAACACAGACUUGUGAAUAUGACUGGAAAAAUUACCAGUCCAAUAGACUGAGUUCAUCUGAACUACACAUGCUGGCUAGUAUGAAGAGACAACAAAAUGAAGAAUUCAGGGAUAUUGGGAUCUCACAUGGGCUGAGUGCAUCACAGAUAGACAACUGCAAUGUUAGCAUAAGUACAAGCAGUGAUGAUACAGCAACCUGGAACUCUUGUUUCCCACCACCCGUCAGUCAGGAGCAUCACUAUCAGAAAGAAAUGAGCCCACUUUCUCAUUCCAACCCACGGGACUGGUUGAACCUGUUUAGUCCCCCCAUCAUUCCUGGAAGCCAACAACUGGAAGAGCACGCUAAAUCUUCAACAAAUCAGAGUAUUCCAGGUGAAGAUGACCUCAAUGCUGAAGAUGAUGAGGAAGUUUUGACUCUUUUGUAUGAUCCAUGUCUGAACUGUUACUUUGAUCCAAAUUCUGGGAAGUACUAUGAAUUGGCAUAG